GACAUCGUGUAGCUCUGGAACUGGUCACGGCGUCAGUUUAGUCACGUGCGUUGUUGUUUAUAGUAUUUGGGGCGAUGACUUUUAUUUUACAAAAAAAAAAAAAAGAAAAGAAAAUGGCGCCCACAAAUAUUAGGAAAAAGAACCAUGUGGUAAAGGGGAAACCAAAAUCCGGCAGGGUUUGGAAAAGCGAAGGCAGGAAGAAAUCAACUAUUAUCAAUGUUAAAUCCUUACAUACAUCGUGGGAAAAGCGAAAAAAAGAAAGGGCCGAGAAGAUGUCCGUAAAGCAAUUUCAAAUGGAAAUUAAAAAGGCAGCCAGUGAAGAAAAGGAAAAAAGAAGAUUACGAGCAGAGGAAAACAAAAAAAGAAGAGAGGAGAACAUUAAAAACGCCGAAAUUGUCCAAAAGAUAACAAACUCGGCAAAAUUAAAAAGAAUGAAAAAGAAGCAACUUCGGCAAAUUAAAAAACGUUAGUUGCUGGCUAACUUUUUAAUGAUAAUGGCUUUUCCUUUUUUGUAGCACAGUCUCUGAUACUCUAGUUCAAAACAUAACAUGCUAGCUAAUGAACUAGCUCGCUAAAUAUACAGCUAUAAUAUUAUACAUCAUGAAACCAGAGAGGAGGAGAUACAGUAUACUAGGUAUUUAAUCUAUGAAUACUAUAACGAAAAUGGUUUGGUGACAGCACGGUUGGACAAGAUUCGUAUAUUUAGCUCUGUACACUUUAUUUCAAGGGGUGAUUUUUAUAAAAAAAAAAUAGAAUUUUUGUAAUAAACAUUUUAUUUCUGCAAGAAAUUAUAAAAUUAUAUGAAAUCUUUUCAUAUUUAUCAAUUCGGUUAGCUAUACUUUGCCUUGCCUUUGUGAUGAUUUUGACAAAUUACAUUUAAUUUACCUAUUUAAAAUUUUACUAGGAGAGGAAAAACCGAGCUUAAAUGGGAAAGAAUACAAAAAUGUAAAAAUUGGAGUAUUAUUAUGAUGAGUAAUCCUUAGUUAGCAUAUUUUCCUUAAAUAUGUAAUGCAAUAAUUUUCUAAAACAAAAUAUUUACUCAAAAUGUGAUAAAAGUUUCAGCUCGAAAAUUUAACGUUAUUUGAAGUUAUUUCUGUGAAUUGAGCAAAUUCAAAAAGACUGAAUAUAGUUUGAAAAAGCUAAACCCCAUUUUACUACCUAAUCGGACAAAUUUUCGCGCGGAUUUAAUUUCGCGAGGUCAAAUAAAUCGUAUUUCGCGAGGAUUUAAUUUCGCGAAUUUAGUCUUUUCAAAAAUUUCGCGAGGAUUUAAUUUCGCGAAUUCAGGCUUUCUAAAAAUUACGCGAGGAUUUAAUU